AUGAAUCAACCACGAGAGAACUCCAUGGCCCAAGUCAAACACUUGGACGCAAUUGCAGCAGCCGAGAUUCCGAAGGUGGAGAUGUCCAGAUCCGAGUCGGAGGCCAAAGAAGACUUCCGAAAGCACCUGGAAACCAUCAUGCAAGAAGCUUUUGCCAGCGGCUACUCUGGUGAUAUCUCGACUAUCUCCUUGGUAGGCUUUGGCAGCUUAGCUUCCGGCUUUGGUAUGCCCGGCUCAGACAUGGAUCUGGCAGUAGUGCCAACAUGGAAAGAUCCAGCGAGGGCUAGUGAUAUUGCCAUUGAUCGUGGCAUCCCGCGUUUGCUGGAACGGGCAGUUCUCGACGCCAAGCUGGGUGGCCGUCUACUCACAAGGACAAGAGUACCAAUUCUGAAGAUAUGCCAGACGCCAACCGAGACCUUGUAUAAUGCUCUCGCCGAGGAACGCCAGAAGUGGGAAGAGCUUCCGGAAGAGGAGAAGUACCCUUCAGACAAGCCACAAGAGGCUACCCCACCGCCAAAGCCGCUGGUAGAUGUUGAUGGAGCAAAAGCUUCCGAGCUUACUGCGCAGUCAGACAGCCCUAACUUUGGUGACGACUUCCCUACACUAGGUGCUGCGGCAACUACCAAGAAACGGCAAAAAGCUCCUGCAAAAGUUGAGACCGCCCAGGAAACCCCCAUUACGUCGGCCACCAAGUCAGAAGACAGUGUCAGCAACGGAACCGAUGAAAAAGCUAAGAAAGAUCAGCAUCACCGCCCUGAGAAACAGUGGAUGCGAGAGAAGGUAGUCGGUCCCCUCGACUUUCCAAAGACGGGCUGCGGUAUUCAGUGUGACAUCAACUUCGAAAACCCACUCGGUAUCCAUAACACUCAUAUGCUUCGAUGCUACUCCCUAACUGACCCUCGUGUACGGCCAAUGGUUCUCUUCGUUAAGUCAUGGGCCAAGCGACGAAAAGUCAACAGCGCAUACUCUGGCACUCUCUCUUCAUACGGAUGGGUACUUAUGGUACUGCAUUAUCUGGUCAAUGUCGCCCAACCACCGGUGUGUCCAAAUCUCCAACUCGCCGUCCCGCUCCCGAGCGACACAGUAGCUCUAGAGCAGUUCUUCAAGAACACGACUAUAGCAGGUUAUCAGGUCCGCUUUUGGCGCAACGAGCUGGAGAUCAUCCAGGCCGCGCAAGCCGGUCGCCUUUCACAGAACACACAGUCUGUCGGUGAAUUGCUACGCGGAUUCUUCCAGUACUACGCUUCUCUAUCCGGGUACGGCUAUGGACCCAAGCCCCCGCAAUUCUACUGGACCAACGAAGUCCUGUCCCUUCGGACGCCUGGCGGAAUCUUGUCGAAGCAAAGCAAGGGCUGGGUGAGCGCGACAACCAAAAUCACGGCGGAAAAAAAGGUCACGAAUCGGUAUCUGUUCGCAAUUGAAGAUCCGUUCGAGACCGAUCACAAUGUCGCAAGGACCGUCACUCACCGUGGUAUCGUUGCUAUCAGAGACGAGUUCAGGAGGGCAUGGAGGAUACUAAAGGCCAUUGGCCAAGGCACAGAGCCCGAAGGUGGAAUAUUUGACGAAGUUGUAGAGCAGCCGCCCGCCCAGUCUGAGCCAAAACCUGGAGAUGCUCCAAAAGGCACCAUGGAAAGUCUUGGCGUUGGUCAAGAAUCGAAGACUGAACAAGGCAGCCAAGCGAUUGCAGUGUAA